CCUAUACUGAGUCAGACAGACGAGCUGUGCAACCUUCCACCUGGCUGCAUAACUUUAACCCCGUGCCCUACUGCUCACCUCGCUCAUCUCUGACAACCACUCAGGUUGAGUUUUUUUGUGUCAGCAUGGAGGAUUCAUCAGAGCAGUCCCACUGGGUGUCUCCAGCUCUGCUCAGCUCAGAUCCGCUGGCCGGUUUCUCCUCUGAGCCUGGCCUGCUGCCUCCAGAAGAUGGCGAGGCCUUCUUCUCCAGCCAGGACACAGACUACACCGGCCUACCCUCCUUCUUCUCCAGCCCAAGCCACAGCCGAGCACCAUCCUCCUACAGACACAGCUCGGUCCGUCAGGUAUUCACCUCUCCGAGCCUCCUCAGCAACCUCCAGCUGCUGGACGGGCCGGGCAGCCACUCCCUGAGCUCAGCCUACAACCCUCCAGGCUCCACUUGGAGCAGCAGCUCCCUCAGCAAGACUCCGUUGCACUCGCACACACCGACGUCCCUCUACACCCCCGGCCUCACCUCCUCCUUCACCACAUCCAGAGACGGAUACUCGUCUCCGUGUAGAGAGGGCAGGGAGAGCCCCCAGCUUCAGGAGGCCCUGAAGGCCGAGCGCCUGAGCCCGCUGGGGGGGUCGGGGACCGGCAGCAGUUUUCUGAAUCUGACUCCUGCCGCUGGGAGUGUGUAUACUCCGUCGUCCCACUCCCACCCACACAUGCUGAGCCCCUACAGUUCGUACAUGACGGGUCCACAAGACUACAACUCUGCUGCCCUGUACUCCAGCCCUGGAGCAUGGAUCAGCCCCUCAUACUCGCCUAAACUCCACAACAAGAUGAGGAUAUCCACUCCAGAGGCCAGAGAGUGUGUUAACUGUGGAGCCACAGCUACCCCUCUGUGGCGUCGGGAUGGUACAGGCCACUACCUGUGUAACGCCUGUGGACUGUACCACAAGAUGAACGGCCAAAACAGACCACUUAUCCGACCCAAGAAGAGACUGAUUGUGAGCAAGCGGGCAGGUACACUGUGUGCCAACUGUCACACAAGCACAACAACACUCUGGAGACGCAACGCCAAUGGAGAGCCUGUGUGCAAUGCGUGUGGACUCUACUUUAAACUGCACAAUGUCAACCGGCCCCUCACCAUGAAGAAAGAAGGCAUUCAAACGCGCAACAGGAAAGUGUCCAACAAGAACAAGAAGAGCAAGAAGGCCACCAUGUUUGAGUCGUACUCGGAGAUGACUCAGCCAACCUCCCUGGACGGCAACGGUGGGCCCUUUUCCCUGGGCCCCGGGGCUCUCCUCACCUAUAGCCACACACCGCACCUCAUCUCAACACCGUCAGCCCUGCAUCCCUCCGCCUCCUUAUCCUACACACACCACCUCAACACCGGUAUGGUGCCCACACUGGUGUAAAAAUGAGAAAACAGGAAUCUGACAGCGGUGUAUAUUUAAGAAUCAGCACGCUUGCUUUCCAGUUAUUUGUGUGAAUUUGUACAUAUGUGUGUCAUUGGAUUUAUGUGAAUAAAGUUUCACUGUAUUUUAGGGGGAAGCACCAAACUGAGGUUGCUGCACAUAUAAACACACUGAUAAGGGAAUUGUUCCCGCUGUAUAGAGAAACACAAAUCUGUUUGACUGCCACAUCUGAGUCUUAAUCCCUCUUCUUUUAUUCCUAAUGUGAAAUUAUACUUGAUUUUGUGUUACACGGGUCUGUUUUGUAUUUGCAAAAUUUAUAUUACCAUAUUAAAACUACAAAGAAAAUAAUAAAAUGUGUGACUUGUUCUGUUGGAGUUA